AGGCACUGGAGAGGGAGAAAAAGAUUCUUCGGUAAGGAAUAAAAUAGAGAGAUGAAAUAUCCGUCAAGUGGGCGGGUGGGGGGAAGGAGAUACCAUGAAUGAAGUCAGUUUACGGAGAGAUGCAGGGAAUCUGUGACUGUGUAAGCAAACUUGCACGUGACAGGCAGACACCCCACUUGUCACAAUAAUCUAUUCUGCAAGUGGCAUCCCACUUGGCAUCCAUCAUGCUAUCUCUUCUCUCUCUUCCUCUCCAUUUUUCUAAUCCAAUUUAAUUAACUGCCAAACCUGCAAAACCAGCUUGGACCUUGUAAGCUCGAUCCAUAAUCCUAUUUGGCAUUUCAUCAAACAGCUGAGAUGUACCAACCUUCCUCUUCCUCCUCCUCUUCUUCUCAGGCUCACAACUCAACCGUUUCUGAACCCGCUUUGACCCGCUACGGUUCAGCCCCUGGCUCUCUCCUCCGCACAGCCGUCGAUGCCGUCAUAGCCGGAGGGGCCGGAGGCCCCCGACAUCCUCAUCCUCUCAUGCCUACGGGAUCCCACUACUUCUCCGGGGAGUCCUCCGAGUCCACCUCCAAAGUCAACUUGCUCCGCCAGAGGAGCUCCCCCGCCGGCUUCCUCUCCAACCUUGCUGACAAUGCUGGUACCCAAAGGGGUGGUGGAGGGGGAGGUGGAGGUGGGUUCACGAUCACAAGAGGGGGUGGCGGCAGCGGAGGAGGAAACUACGGCUCUAACAGUGGGAGGUUGAAGUCUCAGAUGAGCUUCACCGGGCAAGACUCUCUCUCUCAGAUAUCAGAGGUAAGCGAGAGCGUUGUGGUGGAUGCAUCCACUUCUGAGCGUGCUUAUGCAAUGGACCACUGCUGGGACAACUCUAACUCCAACUCCAGCUCCAUUGUCUUCUCCGCCCCGCCCUCCAAACGCUCCAAAAAUAUUGACGGUGACAUCCUCAAUUGUCUCACUGCCUUGGACUCUCAGUAUAGUCUGCCACAAACUGCUCUUGAAAUGGCAACAAUGGAGAAGCUAAUGCACAUUCCUGAAGACUCUGUCCCUUGUAAAAUCCGUGCUAAGCGAGGCUGUGCCACUCACCCCCGCAGCAUUGCAGAACGGGAGAGAAGAACUAGAAUAAGCGGUAAGCUGAAGAAACUGCAGGAACUUGUACCCAAUAUGGAUAAGCAAACAAGCUAUGCAGACAUGCUAGAUUUGGCAGUUCAACAUAUUAAAGGUCUUCAAACUCAAGUCCAGGACAAUUGCACUUGUGGAUGCAAACCAAGCUCAUAACUUAUAUUGUUCUCCGAGAUUCUAUGGCAACACACAUAGAAGUAAAGGUUUUGAUGGGAUAGAAUGAAACAGAUUUUGUACCUUCCUAAUGAAGUGAAUAAUACAGGAAUAGAAUGAUUGUAGAUUAUCAAUUCUACAGUUGUACAUAGUGUAUGUUUGUAAUCUGUUAGUCUAGGAAACGCUUUUUCUUUUUCCUCAAGAAUUGAGACUUUGAAGCUGACAUUGAAGAUUUCUGUUCUUGUUUGGAUUUUGGCUGAUACACUCGAUGACUAAUUUGUGUGCUAUCGAAACUGGAUUUGAAGCUCGGACGUGAUGAAUUAUAAAGAAUUAUCUGUCCCGCUAUAGUUUCAUUCACUGAUUAGGAACAUAAGUACUUAUCUUUGUAAUCAUAAAUUUAGUCUACUAAUAAUUUUGGGCUUAAAUUUAAAAUCCAUAAGGUAUUUUAUGAUA